GACGCGCGCACUCCCUCCGCCUCCCCCUGGGUGGCGCCUGCUGGUGACGUUGUGGGUGUGAUGGCCGCCGCGAGGCCGGGAAGGUGAAGUCGGGACAGGUGGAGUCAACACAAUCAAUAGCCAACCUCGACCUGAGACAGCACAGAGGAGAACCCAAAUUCUUUUCGUUUUUUUGACUCCAGCCAUGUCCAUGAUGCCCACCCUGUGAAAAGUCUCUUACCAUCCAAAAACUUCUCCUCUGUUCCAGUUGUGCCAGCAGACGAUCCGUGGAUCCAUUUUAUUUUCCCUGCUAGGAGUUGCUGUACAUAAAACUGGCGCAAUGUCCCUGCUUUUCUCUCGAUGCAACUCCAUCGUCGCAGUCAAGAAGGAUAAGAGACACAUGGCUGAGGUGAAUGCUUCCCCGCUCAAGCACUUUGUCACUGCCAAGAAGAAGAUCAAUGGCAUCUUUGAACAGCUGGGGGCCUAUAUCCAGGAGAGUGCCACCUUCCUUGAAGACACCUACAGGAACGCAGAACUGGACCCCGUUACGACAGAAGAGCAGGUUCUGGAUGUCAAAGGCUAUCUAUCCAAAGUGAGGGGCAUCAGCGAGGUGCUGGCCCGGCGGCAUAUGAAAGUGGCUUUUUUUGGCAGGACGAGUAAUGGGAAGAGCACUGUGAUCAAUGCCAUGCUCUGGGACAAGGUUCUGCCCUCUGGGAUCGGCCACACCACCAAUUGCUUCCUGCGGGUGGAGGGCACAGAUGGCCACGAGGCCUUCCUGCUCACGGAGGGCUCAGAGGAGAAGAGGAGCGUCAAGACUGUGAACCAGCUGGCUCAUGCCCUCCAUCAGGAUGAGCAGCUGAACGCUGGCAGCCUGGUGAGUGUGAUGUGGCCCAACUCCAAGUGCCCACUUCUGAAGGAUGACCUUGUGCUCAUGGACAGCCCUGGAAUUGACGUCACCACAGAGCUGGACAGCUGGAUUGACAAAUUUUGUCUGGAUGCUGACGUGUUUGUGUUGGUGGCCAACUCAGAGUCCACCCUGAUGCAGACGGAGAAGCAGUUCUUCCACAAGGUCAGCGAGCGUCUCUCCCGCCCCAACAUCUUCAUCCUGAACAACCGCUGGGAUGCGUCUGCCUCGGAGCCGGAGUACAUGGAGGAGGUGCGGCGGCAGCACAUGGAGCGCUGCAGCAGCUUCCUGGUGGAUGAGCUGGGCGUGGUGGAUCGAGCCCAGGCUGGGGACCGUAUCUUCUUUGUGUCUGCCAAGGAGGUGCUCAACGCCCGGAUCCAGAAGGCCCAGGGCAUGCCAGAAGGAGGGGGCGCUCUUGCAGAAGGCUUUCAAGUGAGGAUGUUUGAGUUUCAGAAUUUUGAGAGAAGAUUUGAGGAGUGCAUCUCCCAGUCUGCAGUGAAGACGAAAUUUGAGCAGCACACAGUCCGGGCUAAGCAGAUUGCGGAGGCGGUUCGCUUCAUCAUGGACUCCCUGCACAUCGCGGCUCAGGAGCAGCGUGUUUACUGCCUGGAAAUGCGCGAGGAGCGGCAAGACCGGCUGAGGUUCAUCGACAAGCAGCUGGAGCUGCUGGCCCAGGACUAUAAACUUCGAAUUAAGCAGAUUACCGAGGAGGUUGAAAGGCAGGUGUCGACUGCGAUGGCCGAGGAGAUCAGGCGCCUCUCUGUGCUGGUGGACGAGUACCAGAUGGAUUUCCACCCCUCUCCAGUGGUCCUCAAGGUCUAUAAGAAUGAGCUGCACCGCCACAUAGAGGAAGGGCUGGGCCGCAACAUGUCCGACCGCUGCUCCACGGCCAUCACCAGCUCCCUGCAGACCAUGCAGCAGGACAUGAUAGAUGGCUUGAAGCCCCUCCUUCCUGUGUCUGUGCGGAGUCAGAUAGACAUGUUGGUCCCUCGCCAGUGCUUCUCCCUCAGCUACGACUUGAACUGUGACAAGCUGUGUGCUGACUUUCAGGAGGACAUUGAGUUCCACUUUUCUCUUGGGUGGACCAUGCUGGUGAACAGGUUCCUGGGCCCCAAGAAUAGCCGGCGGGCCUUGGUGGGCUACAGUGACCAGGUUCAGCGUCCCGUCCCUCUGACGCCUGCCAACCCCAGCAUGCCCCCCCUGCCACAGGGCUCGCUCACCCAAGAGGAGCUCAUGGUCUCCAUGGUCACGGGUUUGGCCUCACUGACGUCCAGGACUUCCAUGGGCAUUCUCGUGGUUGGAGGAGUGGUGUGGAAGGCAGUGGGCUGGAGACUGAUUGCCCUCUCCUUCGGGCUGUAUGGCCUCCUCUACGUCUAUGAGCGCCUGACGUGGACCACCAAGGCCAAGGAGCGCGCCUUCAAGCGCCAGUUUGUUGAGUACGCCAGUGAGAAGCUGCAGCUCAUCAUCAGCUACACGGGCUCCAACUGCAGCCACCAAGUCCAGCAGGAGCUGUCUGGGACCUUUGCUCAUUUGUGCCAGCAAGUUGAUGUCACCCGGGAGAACCUGGAGCAGGAAAUUGCUGCCAUGAACAAGAAAAUUGAAGUUCUCGAUUCACUUCAGAGCAAAGCCAAAUUGCUCAGGAAUAAAGCUGGUUGGUUGGACAGCGAGCUCAACAUGUUCACGCACCAGUACCUGCAGCCCAGCAGAUAGUGGGCGGUUGGAGCAGGGUCCUCGUGGGGAAGGCGCUGUCACCACCCUUGGCAUGGUGGGCUCCCUAGGCACGUCAGCUCCGGUCCCUGGCCACCCGAGAGAGUGAACGUAUCCACUGUCUCAUACCGUUUUGAGCCCUUCAGCACUAGUUAUGUCCCCUCCCCUGACCUGCUGCUGCAGGAAGGUCCCCUGGCUCUGGCCCCUACAGGAGAUUUUAAUGAUGACCAGACUGCAUGGCAUCUGGAGUCACAGCCAGGCCCUUCUCUGCUUCAUCAGGUUCACUUGAUGAAAAUCAUUUGCUUGAUAAGUUUUCGGGUGUCAGUCUUGCAGGAUGACUGAAGCCUUCGGGGGCAUCAGGCAAGCACCCACCUUCCUCCAGCUCGUGCCACCUGCCCUCCUUGCACCCCAGCUAUCCUGCAGAGAGAGGCCACAUUGAGAGUGACUGGAAUUCCUUCCCAGAAGCAUUGGAAAUGCUCCUGGAAGCCCGAGUGUCCCAGAAGGACUUGGGGCUUAUGUCACCUGGUCAUUUGGCUUUAGUGCUCUGUCCGCUUGCAAGCCUUUCAGAUGUGUUGGUGGCCACGCUUGGCAGCCCUGAGCUAUAGACUGAGGCUGAAGGCAGGGCAGCACUACAGAGCCAGUGGGGGAUGGGGGGAGCUCAGAGAGGGAGUGUGGAGGGGUCUGACGCUGGUGACAGUGACGCUGUCAGAGCAGGUGGCCAUCACCACAAGGAGGAGGGACUUGCCUCUCUUCUUGGGAUGGCGUUCCUCACUUUGGAUUUGGUCCUUGGCCUGCAUAGUUUGUUUAUUGUUGAUGGGAGCUGGUUUGGUCCAGGUGGUUACAGGAUGGUGGGAGGUGGGGCCUUGGUGGCAACUGAGAAGAAAAGGCCCUGCCUGGGAGGCUGGGGAAUGUAGCUGGUUCAGAACAGGGGCCUCCGCUGACCUUGUUCUGAGAAGCUCCUGAGCCUGAGAGCCCUACCCUACUAGCUUGGUUGCAUCCCCUGCCUUGCCCCAAGCCACCCACCUACCCUCUGGCCUGUUUCCUGUUCCUGCGACUCUGCAGUUGGCCACAAGAUAGCGUGGGAGACCCAGCACCCUUCAUCCACUCUCCCUGACCCUCAGAGCUUUCCUGACACACUGGUUUCACCUUGAUUUUGAGAAAUGUUCCCUGCCCUUGAGUUUUGAGGUUAUUACUGGUUAAAGUGGGGAAGGUUCCUGUCACCAAGGUGUUAAUGCAAGACCAGGUCAGAGACAUCCCAACAAACCUGCACGGUGAAGCCCAGGGCAAGGCUUGGCAAGGGAAGCCUUGUCCUGCUGGUCCAUCCAGCCAUUGCCCGUGUAGUUGGUGCAAUGAGGAAAAGGAGUUGGUGGGUGACCACACAGCUGAUGUCUUUUCCAUGUCCUUGCUUGUCCUUCAGCCCCUCAGUCACUUUGAGGGACAAAAUGAUGGACUUGGGCCAAUGUCGGCAUGUGGUGAGGUUGUUCUGAGUGUUUUGCCAGGCCUGGGCCCACAGGGUCACCUCCCAGGGAGUCAGGAAGAAUCAGUGUCACACAAACCUAUGAAUUUUGUGUUCUUUUUUGAAGGAAAAAAAAACAAAAAAAACUUUUUUUCAGUGUAGCUCCUGGGGGAUAAAUGAAAUUUUGAGCUUCUUAUACAAUAAGUAAAAUUAAAUUCACACCACCGAGUGGAGACGAUUUCUGAAGGAAGUGUGGCAGAGGCACUUUAACUAGAUGCUGCUAACCUUGUUCUAUUUCAUGUUCGUUUCUGGAGCGCAAGGCGAGCUCGACCCAGCGAGUUCUCUCGAAUGUAUUUAAGGUGUUGUAUUUGCCUGAAUUCCUCCUGUAUCAUUGCUGAUAAUAUUGGAAACUAAAAUAAAACCUAGUUGGAACCCUG